GGGAGCUGGACGGGUCGCGUCUAUGGCCGCUGCCUGAGGGCCGCCGGCAUUCCUCGGACCGGACAGACUGUAAUAGACCCAGCGCCUCAUCCYUGCACUCGCACCAGGCCUCGGUCGGUGGUUCUGUCAUGGAUGAAACUGUGGCUGAGUAUAUCCGAAGAACUGUGCUAAAAAUGCCAAGARRUGAAAUGAAGACGAUACUGCAGAAAUGGGGUUUUCUCUCKGAGGCACAGCUGCAGACUCUGAAUUUCCAUCAGAUGAAGGACAACAUUUCUCAAGAAAUUGUUCAACUCUGUGAGGCAAAUUCGGCAGACWUAAAGCAAGCAGCUCUUCUGGACAUCAUUUACAACCACAUCUACCAAAACAAAAGAAUGUGGARUGUUUACCAGAUGAAAAAAACAGGAGAAGAAUUGGAAUAUUUUGACAUAACAGAUUUCAAAAAGAAGUUUAAAGGAAGACUUCGGUCAGCCUUGAAAAAUGUCACCAUCACCUUUAAGGAAUAUGAGGAUAAUGCAAUCUGGAUUAGAGUUGCCUGGGGAACACCAUGUAAAAAACCAAACCAGUACAAGCCCAGCUACGUUGUGUACCAUUCACAGACUCCCUAUGUCUUCAUUUCUGCCUCAGUGCUGAAGAGCACCUUGCCUCUGCUAUGUCAGGCCCUGAUUGUUGCUUCCAAUUACCAUGACAUCCGUGAAAUGGAGCUUCGAAGUCAUUCUUUAAACUCCCUUAAAGAUAUUGUGUUUAAGAGAUAUAGCCAGAACUUCCAAACUAACUAUCCAAAAUCUCUGCAUGGAGGAAAUGUAGAACCAGAAAAUGCAGAUAUAAGGAUAGUUCAAGAAAACAGAAGUGAGAAAGAAAGAAUUCACAGACUGAACCGGGAAGUUUUUGGUGAUGGUCCCCAACCAAAACUCGAAUUUGCACAAUAUAGGCUUGAGACGAUGUUUAAAAGUGAUCCUAAAAUGGAUGUUCUGGAUAAAAAAGAGCCAUUCAGGUGUUUGGUCAAGUUUUCCAGUCCAGAUCUUUUAGAAUCACUGAAAGCCUUGGCACCAGCAGGUAUGGCUGAUGCACCACUUUCACCACUCCUUACAUGCAUACCACAAAAAGCUAGGAAUUACUUUAAAAUUAGAGAGAAAAAGUGUUUAUAUCCAGAAAAUUUUGUAAGCCCUUGAUUUGAAACUGAUUCAUAGAGAAAUAUGCAACUCAUUUAUUAUUGGUAUUAAUGUAAAUCAUCAUAAGCUUUAAGAMACCAAUUUAUUCUUUGUUAAUACCUUAAAGAUUUUUCCAGAUUAUGGCUCUUCCUUGAAUUUUCUCCACCGUUGUCUUUAACAGAAGUUAGCCCUUAACUAAUAAAAAAAGGUUAAUUUCAAAGUUUAAACAGAGAUGGUGGUUAUUUURAAUUAAAACAUGAUGAAUUCUCCUAACUGGGUUUUUAAUAGUAUUUGUGAAGUUAAAGCUUAAUAAAGACACAAUAAUAACUGUAGCUAUUCAGUUUGCUAUUAUAGCUGUAGAUGGCUAUGAUAUUCCAGGUGGCCUUUUAUAUUUUGGACAGAACACCUGCCCUAUYUGGAACAGGUAAAUGGUCCCAUUGAUGAGUGGGGCUCCUUGUCUGUGGGUCACACAUGUUUUUAUCUAAGUAGAUGAAGAUUGUAUUCAAAGACUGUUACAGGGUAUGGGAGAGAAUGGACUUUUGGAAUACAGAUGUCAGURAGAAGCUUCCAUCCACCUUUGGGAGAUAUUAAUUCAGUUUCCAAAGUCUUUCUCACCAAGGGCAACAUCCAGGAACAAAUAUGUGAAAAUCUGCCUGUUGCUAUUAAUGUCUUACRAAACUUUUAUCUUGGAAGAAGACAAAGAGGCAAUGUUUUCUUUCAUGGAAAGGACAUGUUUUAGAAUAUCUCAAUUAAUAUUUGAUCCUUCAGAAAUCCUUGCAUGUUGCCACUGCUUUUCUGCUUGGGGACAAAGAUUAUGGAAUCAAGAUGGCAACAGUCACAAGUGCAAACAGCUUUGCAUUGGAGUUCUUUAGAGUUGRUAAAUGUUGGUAAUUGUAUAGAUACUUGCUGCAAUUUUUUUUCAGCUGGAUUUGAUCUGAAGAUUCAGUUAAAAUGUACAAGUGUUUCUUUUUAAUUGUGUUAUCUGGACGAUUUUUUUAUAUGUGGAAUUACCAAUAUACUUUCAAUAUCUCAGUGUGCGGAAGCAGCUGUAUUUUGAUAGGUUGUAUGGGCACAUUUCUGUUUUCAGACUGUAAAUAAAUG